UCUUCCACGUGUUGUGUAGAAAUGGGUGAUGCUGGAAAGCGCUACGUAUAUCCUGCACGGUCUGUCUUGAACGAGAAUUCCCGUCCGUUUCGUCCUAUGGCAGAAGAAAAGACUAUUAAUUUGUGUGAGGACAUUCCAUUGCGUAGGACGACUGAGCCACUCCGCCUCUGCUUUCAGGGAGUUGGCGACGUCCGCAACGUGUUAUUCAACGUUUACAAACGGAGAAUGUUGGGUGACAAGCGUACAGUGGAGAUAGUGAUCAACGACUCAGACCCUGUCAUUAUUGCUAAAGACGUCCUUCUUCUGUCUCUGGUUGAGAAGACUCCUUUGGUGAGGAGAGACCUAACGGCACUAGCCGACUUCACCGAGUUCUUUACGUCGUUGUGGUUCGAUCUGAUGCUCAGUCCUGCUCACCGCAGCAGGCUAUCAGAUUUACUUGGUGAACUAAUUUCCAAUUUUCCGGAGAAGAUGAAAUUCUUACAACCAGGAGACAAGAAAAAGGUCAUCAAGAUUUGGUCCAUGUGGAAGGACUGCAGAAUGACUGCCAACGAAGCAAUGACUAGGAGAGAGGCAACGAUCCGCUGGGACCGAGCUCAGCCUUAUUACAAGGAUGACUGGGUGCUGAGGAAAGACACAUACAUGAGUGAUCGUGAUAUAAAGAUUAUUGCAGAAGGGAGGCUGAGGAUGGAUGCCAUUUCAAUGCGAGAUUUUGCUCCAACGCCUCAAAUGCGGGAAGAAACAAAGGAAUACUUGAAAAGUGGAAGUCGUCUCAGGCCUGGCAAAGAAGGAGUUGAACUUUCACUUGAACUGACAAAAGUCAACCCAACUGUGAUAGAUCUCGUCAAGAAGAGGUAUCCUUAUUACCAAUGCAAUCCAUUGCAUGCAUUUCUAAUGGCAGCCGAAGAAGUAGAUUUCUGUGGUGACAACCAGUCACUCUUUUAUACAAUCAACAUGUCUGUACAGCGCCUUGCUAUUGUUUUUGCUAAUGAGCUUGCACUAGAUCGAGUCAAUCUGACGUUUGACAUUGGAGAUUGUGAAUCUCUAGUUGUAGAUCGGCUACCAAGUCACCUCACCUUUGAUGUCAUUGAUACCUCUUGUCUUAGUGAUGUAAAAGGAGUCCUUCCUCUUCUGCUCCUCAACUCAGCAAGGUUGAAUCGAAAUGAAUGCCACAGUACUUUAUGGAUUCAUUCACUUCGUUCACAUCGUGCAUGCAUCAGCAUGGGUGCUUAUUUGAAAGAUAUCCUUCCAGCUCCAUAUUCUGUGUGGCCAACAUUAUUCCAACUCACUUGCUCCCUGCCGUUUGAGAGUGGUCUUUCGUUUGAUGAGCGGAGGGGAUACAAAUCGAUGCCUACUGUCUAUACCCAGUUGAUGAUGAAAUGGAAAGUUGCUUCUCCACAGACCAUGCUUAUUGAUCUUGUCCCAGGGGCAGUAGACUGUGUUUUCAAAAAGAUGAUCGAUGAACUGAUCACAAAUCUCUUCUGGAUAUUCACAGGAAGGGUAAGAAUCCUCAGGAUCAAUGAUGUUCUUCAUCCCCAAUAUCGCCUUACCAUUUCUACAAUACUGCAUCUCCUUCUUAGUUUGGCACGAAUGUUGUCAAGACCAAAAGAUAUCUUUACUCAUUUUUAUGGCAAAGUUCAAGCCAUCGACGCCAAGAGUCGUGUUCGAUUUGGCAAGAUUGAAUUUGGAGCCUUUGCUCUUGAUGUUCAAACAACAGCCAAGUGUGUACUUCCAGCAGAGUAUCAACCAGAUUCACCUCUCCAUCAUUUCUUUAAAGAGGGCAGUGGUGAGGUUCAAACAUAUGUUUAUCAGCUAAGAGAGAAUGGGGAGGAGAAGGCACAGAUUUGCCCACUUGGAUUUGUUCUGGUAGAAGAUCUAACAUUAGCAGAUGUGGCUGUUUUAGAAGGUGGAAACUUGCACAAUUGUACAUCAUUUGGUCAUGCUCAUGAUUGGCUCUUCACCAAUUCACAUCGAAUUCAAAUCAUUGACAAUGCAGCUGUUGACACAGACACCAAUUUGUUGAAAAUAACACUCCCAAGGUCAGCAGUGACAAGGUCUCGUUUCCACAUUAUUGGCAUGGACAUGCAAAAAGGGACGGUCAUUUUCUCUCCAUUCAGGGAAUCUGACCUUGCAGAACUCACUGAUUAUCCGAAAUCAGUGAGAAUUCCAUCUUGCAUUCCUUCAGUUCCAACAGUUAAGCGGCAGUCUGACUUGUUUACUGUGACAUCUUUGUUUGAGUAUGGAGAUCGCUAUGAAGUUCACAUGGUUGGUGAACAAUUGCUCUCUGGUCGUUCACAGCUUGUUUUUGCUCAAGAAAAGAAGACAUGUCUCGUGAUGUCUGUAGCAUCUGAAAAAACCAUUUUGCACAAGAAGAAGAAAAAGAAGAAAGAGGAAACAAAGGUGGACACGAGAGCAUCAGGAUUAUUGCACUUUCCUGGUCUUGUAAAUGCAACUAAUUGUCAGUCUCUUAUUAUUGGGGAAUAUUCGGCAAUUUUAGUGGCAUUCAAACCAACAGAAUCAUGUGAGCCAGUAUGGGAAAAACUGGACUUAGACAAACUUUCUACAUGGCCGCUCCAUCGUCCCGUUGGCAUUGGUCACUCUCUGUAUACAAUGAUUGAAUCAGAAACAUCUCGUACUGCUGCUCGUGGCCUUGGAUAUGGUCAUGAUUCAUAUGUUGAUGUGCGACAAACAAUAUCAGCAAUGUUUCAGUCUUUCAUAGAUAUGAAUGCAAUGGACGUUCGACGUGUUGUUAAGAUGAAGCAAGAUGGUCACAUGAUAUUUCACUUUGUUAGCUCAUUUGCCAAAGGAUUUGCUGCCUACUGUCCAUCCUUGCUGCUAACACCUCUUGGUACACCAAUCAUUGAGGUCUACUAUGGCAUCUUUACUCGUCCUCUCUCUCAAGAGUGUGAAAAGUUGAUCCUUCAUAUUGAGAACAUUCCUAAGAAAUGGAUCCAUGAUACACGUGGUCUUGAUGAAGAGAUGGACUUCCUAUUCAACUUCUUAAAUCAGAAUGGUCAAAUGCUGGUCAACGCUGAACCGAGACUGAUGGCUGGGACGGAAAUGAAGAGAAGUUUUGUUUAUCCUCUUUAUCCUCUGGAAGAUCGCCUGGGUCGAAAAGUGCCAAUUCCUCAAAAUUCAUAUCCUCCUGAGUUGAUACGGAUGGCUCUUGAAGAGAAGGAAUCAGGAACAGACCCCAAAAAAGUUGCUGCUGCGCGACAGAUUCUUCUCAAACAGAGACCAGGAACUUUCGAUGGGUGGCUGUUUGAUAUUAGUGCAAAAUUUAGGGCUCUUAAGGCUAAACCUCAAGCUACAACAAAAGCAAAGUAAUGGUAUGGGAGGGGUUUACUACACUCUCUUAUUUACUUUAUCACAGUUUCAAGGUUUUUGCUUGUUUUCGGACUUUGAUAAGUUGGGAAUGAAUUGCUUACACUCCCAUUGUCACAGAAUGAUCUGACUGUAUUUUACUGUCGUUUUAUGUCUUAUACCAUAUUAUGAUGUACUGUGCACUUGCUGUAAAUUUGUGUCAGCUGAACCCUUGCAGAU